AUGGCCCAGGUCUACUACUGCGUUGUGUUCUGUGACAAACUGGGCAUCUCUUCCUCAGUUUUUACUGUAGAAAACAGGCUCCUUCACUGCCAUCGCUGCAUUCACCAGCUGAAUAUGCCAUUGCCUUGUCUGAAAGUGAGAGUACAAGUCUCUUCUGCUGUUUGGGUGGUGCAGGUGAAGUUGUUAUGUGGACUGAUGGUGACUAGUCUUUGUUUUCCAUCCUUCCUAGAAAUUAAGAAGCCACCGGUGGCCCCCAAACCAAAAUUUGUGGUAGGACACAAGGCGACGCCUCCACCUGUUGCACCAAAGCCCGACGUUGUGCUUUCUAGUGUUAUGCAAGUAGCAAAGAAAACCAAGCCAGCAAUUGCACCGAAGCCAAAGGUUCUCAAGAGUUCAUCUGUUCCGGAAGUUAAACCUCCAUUGUCUACUAGAAAAAGCACAAAAAGCUUUGAGGAGCACAGGGGAGAUUCUUCUCAAACGCUAGACCACUUGAACUACAAAAAUGAAGCGGUUGAAGGGAGUACUGAUAACACAGCAUAUAUUCUACCAAUGUCAUCUUGCAAAUUUGAAUGUCUGCAUAAGGUUGGAAAUGGGGAGAACACCUGUAAAUCUCAGAUCAUUUUUGAGCAUUUUGAAAACUUAGAGAACAUCAAAGUCGGUGAAAAAAACACACUAGCUCUGGGCAACAGUCACAGUGAAAAACUGGCAAACAGAAAUCAAGUGGUUUUGAAAGCCAGCAUUUUGGAAGAGAAACUUAAGGAUGUUCUAACUCAUGGCGUGUUUCCUAACAGCAGUCCUGUGAGGCACAAGUAUGCAGACAAACUUGACAGAGGGGAUGGCAGCAGUUCCAAGAACGAUGUUAAAAUAGAGUUUAUGGAACUCGUACAGUCUUUGUCGUCUUCUGAGGUGGCUAAAGGGAAGCAACAAAAUACUGAUGGUAAGCUCACUGCUGAUGAGUUUCAGAUGUCUGAAAUUUAUCCUAGUUUGACUGAAAAUAGCCACAGUUGCUCUUGCCCAUUGGACCAGGAAAUCCUGGAAAACGAAAAUUUAAGUAGCAAUAGUAUGUGUUCAGGUGAAGUGGGUAUGAAAGCAGACGCUGAUAAAACCUCCUCUGAAACAUCUUCAAUCCUGAGCUCAAAAAUGCUUCCUAUCCCUAAGCCAAGGAAGCCACGUGCUGCAUGUCUAGUCCGUCAGGAUGGCAUAGACACCACAGGGGAAGGAAAAAAGGAACCAUCUAACACAGAGAAAAAUUCCUUCGGGCUUGUGGAGCACAGCUUUAAAAAGCCAGCAAAAAUUAAUAUCCUUGGCCAAAGCGUUUGCUACAACAAUAAUACAGAAGUGCAUCAUCCUGAAAAAUGUGACACAACUCAAAGCAAUGCAGAUAAAAUGCAUCAGGUGACGGAACCUGCUAUGGAAGAGUCAACUUCACAAAAUCUUUUGCCUCAGUUGUCACACAAAACUUCGGAUUCGGUGGAAAGUGUUGAAUGUUCCUUAGAUACAGACCAGAACUUAGUUAACUCCAUGGAUGAGAUGACAGAUGAUACCAGUAUGCUAGAUGCUGUGGACAAAAGGACUAACUUUGUCAGGUGUGAUGCUUUGUCCAUGAGUUUGCCAAAGCAACUCAAAUUAACUAGCAGUCAGCACUCAUCUGCUUCCAAUAGCCUCCAUGUUUCCCCACAAAAACUGGAAGAUAAAGAAGUUAAAAUAAAGGAUGAAAGUUCUCCAAAAAUCAUUCCUAAGAAACCGCAGAGGCACAGCCUACCAGCUGCUGGCCUGCUGAAAAAAGCUGCAUCCGCAGAGAUUGUGGAGAAAAGUUCUUACACCUCCAGUGAGCACAAAUCAAACGGCAUUCUGGAAGGAUCUCACUUCACACAUCCACCAGCCAAGGAGCAAGGCACACUGUCAUCCUGUGACAUACCCAGACGUUCUUCUGAGAAACCUGUCUGGAAGUUACCUCAUCCUAUUCUUCCAUUUUCAGGAAAUUCUGAAUCAUUAAAAACUGCUAACGUUGCUACCAGCUUCAACCACUUGACUGUUGUGACAAAGCCUAGGGCCAAAUCUCUCUCUUCUGUGGAAAUGGAAAGGACAGACAAGCCUUGCAAAGACCAUCAGAAGAAAAAUAGCUUAAAGAAGUUUCUCAACAUGAAACUGUCGGUUUGCUUGAUGAAAAGCGACUUCCAGAAAUUUCUGUCUAAAGGCAGCCAGUCAAUGGAUAGUGCUAUUGCCAACCUUUCCACCGGCGAUGGGUAUGGAAGUGGUAGCAACCGGAAUAUAGCAUCUGUAGGCAGUGAAAGGAAAGCUAAAUCUGCCAAGGCGCAUUCUGUAGAAAUAAGUAGUCCGGCAUUACAGAAGAAGAGGCAGAGAAACAGAAGUCAACCUGAGGUGCGAAGUAACCAAAGGCUGGAGUCUUUAGACGGGCAUGUACUUUCAGGAGAGAAUUUGUCACAAAUGCAUUUGAAUUCUGUAACCAGCACUUGUGCUCCAGAGUAUGAGAAUGUGCGUCACUAUGAGGAAAUACCUGAGUAUGAGAACCUGCCUUUUGCUAUGGGUGCUGGGAGAAAUCUCUGUUUCGAAUGGCAGAACUCCAGCAGCGUGAAAGACCAGAGCUCUGGCUUCUGUGAGGUUGAGGAGCCUUGUGAAGCUACAAGCAGGCAUUUGAGACUUGGCAGGUCCUUAGAAGAACACCAUGAUCAUCCUAACAUGGUAAUGGGAGAUCUUCAGUCAGAUGAAGAAGAUAUCAUGAACAGUUCUGAUGAAGAUGAUGACACUAAUUCUGAUUCCAGCAAAGGGGAGCCUGAUCCUCAAGAAGAUAAUAAGGCAGCUGGAAAGAAAACAAAGGUUUACCAUAUUGCCAAGGAGAUCAUGAGCUCAGAGAAAGUGUUUGUGGAUGUGCUAAAGCUUUUACACAUUGAUUUCCGGGACGCUGUGUCGCAUGCCUCUAGGCAGCUCGGAAAGCCAGUGAUUGAGGACAGAAUCCUGAAUCAGAUCCUGUACUACCUACCUCAGCUGUACGAACUCAAUCGAGACCUCCUGAGGGAACUGGAAGAGCGAUUAUCUCACUGGCUCGAGCAUCAGAGAAUUGCUGACAUAUUUGUUAAAAAGGGUCCCUACUUAAAGAUGUAUUCAACUUACAUCAAAGAAUUUGAUAAAAAUGUUGCACUACUAGAUGAACAGUGUAAGAAGAAUGCAGGUUUUGCUUCAGUCGUCAAAGACUUUGAGAUGAGCCCCCGCUGUGCUAGUCUGGCCCUCAAGCACUAUCUGCUCAAGCCAGUUCAGAGGAUUCCCCAAUACAGGCUCCUGUUGACAGAUUAUUUAAAGAAUCUUUUAGAAGAAUCUGCUGACUAUAGGGACACACAAGAUGCUCUAGCGGUUGUCAUAGAAGUUGCAAACCAUGCCAAUGACAUCAUGAAGCAGGGAGAUAACUUUCAGAAACUCAUGCAGAUUCAGUACAGUUUAAAUGGACACCAUGAGAUUGUACAGCCAGGAAGGGUAUUUCUGAAAGAGGGAACACUGAUGAAGCUGUCUCGGAAGGUCAUGCAGCCACGAAUGUUUUUUCUGUUCAAUGAUGCCCUGUUGUAUACAACUCCAGUUCAGUCAGGGAUGUAUAAACUCAACAACAUGCUGUCGUUGGCUGGAAUGAAGGUUAAAAAGCCAACCCAGGAAGCAUAUCAGAAUGAACUGAACAUUGAAAGCGUAGAGAGAUCCUUCAUUCUUUCAGCAAGUUCUGCUACAGAAAGAGAUGAGUGGUUAGAAGCAAUCUCCAAGUCAAUUGAAGAAUAUACGAAAAAGAGAAUCACAUUUAAUCCUAGCAAAAGUCUUGAAGAGGCAGAUCCAGAAAAACAGGAAGAAGAUAGUCCGCUGGGAUCAAAGGCUCCGAUCUGGAUCCCAGAUACUAGAGCCACUAUGUGUAUGAUCUGUACAAGCGAAUUCACGUUGACAUGGAGAAGGCAUCACUGCAGGGCAUGCGGAAAGAUUGUCUGUCAAGCUUGUUCAUCAAAUAAACAUGGUUUAGACUAUAUGAAAAACCAGCCAGCAAGAGUAUGUGAUCAUUGCUUCAGGGAGCUACAGAAACAAGAUAACCAGUGCACUCCUAAGAGUGGAUCCCCAGUCAACCAUAAAUCUCCAUCAAGUGCCUUGUCUACAGUAUUACACAGUAUUCCUUCUGGAAGAAAGCAGAAAAAAAUUCCUGCAGCCCUCAAAGAAGUUUCAGCAAAUACAGAAGACUCCACAAUGAGUGGCUAUCUACACAGAUCUAAGGGCACUAAGAAACCAUGGAAACACCUAUGGUUUGUUAUAAAAAAUAAGGUGCUAUACACAUAUGCUGCUAGUGAGGAUGUGGCAGCAUUAGAGAGCCAGCCUUUACUUGGAUUCACAGUCAGUGAAGUAAAAGAUGAAAACUCAGAGUCUAGAGUCUUCCACUUACUGCACAAAAACACUUUAUUUUACAUAUUCAAAGCAGACGAUCCCCAUUCAGCUCAAAAGUGGAUAGAAGCUUUUCAAGAAGGCACCAUAUUAUAG